AGGGUUAUACUUGCCACAGCACAAGGCAACAGAAAUGUGUGAGCCAUUUAAUACGACCCUUACCGAGCUGGGAGCGAACACAGCCUUGAGAACCUGAAUGUUUUGGAAUACCUCUCAUCUCCUCUUCCUCUUACUUUGAGGUGCCUCAGGGGGAAGGUUCUCUACUUAAACCGACUCCCACUUUCAGGUGUGUCUUCACACGCCCUGUUUGCUGCCUGCAUCUCCCGACACAGCCCCUCCAAUUCUGAAUUGAAUUUAAUCAUUUCCUGACAAAAGAAUGAAAUUUCAACUGACGCUUUUUUUACAUCUUGGGUGGCUCAGUUUCUCCAGAGCUCGAGAUGACUGCAGCCAGGGUGCCUGUCAUCCUUCCACCGGCGAUCUCCUCGUGGGCCGCCACACGCAGCUCACAGCUUCUUCCACCUGCGGGCUGAAUGGACCCCAGAAAUAUUGCAUCCUCGGUUACCUGGAGAGGGAACAAAAGUGCUUCACCUGUGACUCCAGGCUGCCAUACGAUCAGCAUACCCAGUCCAAUAGCCAUACCAUUGAGAAUAUAAUUGCAAGUUUUGAACCAGACAGAGAAAAGAAAUGGUGGCAAUCCGAAAAUGGUCUUGAUCAUGUCAGCAUCAGAUUGGACCUCGAGGCAUUAUUUCAGUUCAGCCAUCUAAUCUUGACCUUUAAGACGUUUCGGCCUGCUGCAAUGUUAAUUGAACGUUCCACAGACUACGGACGCACCUGGAAAGUGUUCAAAUAUUUUGCAAAAAACUGUGCUACUUCCUUUCCCAACAUCACAUCUGGCCAGGCCCAGGGAGUGGGAGACAUUGUUUGUGACUCCAGAUAUUCGGAUAUUGAACCCUCAACUGGUGGUGAGGUUGUUUUUAAAGUUUUGGAUCCUAGUUUUGAAAUUGAAAACCCUUAUAGCCCCUAUAUCCAAGAUCUUGUGACAUUGACAAACCUGAGGAUAAACUUUACCAAACUCCAUACCCUUGGGGAUACUGAACUUGGAAGGAGACAAGAUGAAUCCCUUGAUAAAUACUACUAUGCUCUGUAUGAGAUGGUUGUUCAAGGAAGCUGUUUUUGCAAUGGCCAUGCUAGUGAAUGUGGCCCUACACAGCAGAUGCGGGGAAAUGUUUUCAGCCCUCCUGAAAUGGUUCAUGGUCGGUGUGUCUGUCAGCACAACACAGAUGGUCGGAACUGUGAGCGAUGCAAGGACUUCUUCCAGGAUGCUCCUUGGAGGCCAGCCGCAGGCCGCCAGGAUAACACUUGCAGAUCGUGUAGCUGUAAUGGCCACUCGAACCGCUGUCACUUCGACCUGGGCGCGUACCUGGCGAGCGGUGGCCGCAGCGGGGGCGUAUGUGAGGCCUGCGGGCACCACACGGAGGGCCAGCACUGCGACCGCUGCAGGCCGGGCUUCUACCGGGACCAGCGCAGGGCCGCCUCGGAUCCGCACGCGUGCGCCCCUUGUGAAUGUGACCCUGAUGGGACCAUAUCUGGUGGCAUCUGUGUGAGCCACCUUGAUCCUACAUCAGGGUCUGUGGCCGGCCAGUGCCUGUGUAAGGAGAACGUGGAAGGAGACAAUUGUGACCAGUGUAAGCCCCACCACUUCGGCCUGAGCGCCUUGGACCCCCUGGGCUGUCAGCCCUGCAACUGUAACCCCCUUGGGAGCCUGCCACUCUCGACCUGUGACAUGGAUACAGGCCAGUGCUUAUGCCAGUCAUAUGCCACUGGGCCCCGCUGCGAUGAAUGUACUGCCGGAUACUGGGGCCUGGGAAGUCAUCUCCGUGGGUGCUCUCCCUGUGACUGUGAUAGUGGAGGUGCUUAUUCUAACAGGUGCUCCCGCAGGGACGGGCAGUGUUCCUGCCGCCCCAACAUCGUGGGCCGCAGCUGCGCGGACCCAGCCCCGGGGUUCUUCUUUGCUGCUCUCAACUUCCACCUCCACGAGGCGGAGGAAGCCGCGCCCCUCCCGGGACCUGCGCCUCCGAUAUUAGCAACAGCUUGGCCUAAAUGUGAUGUGUAUUUCCAGCAAAAAGGAAAUGAUUUUUUAAUUGACAAAGGAAAUAUAGUACUGAAGAGAAAUCAGAAGCAAAGCGUUCAUGCUGAUGAGCAGAGCAAGAGCUGGGUGACUUUUGCCCAGAGGCCUACUGUUCACAUUGUUUUACGAGAGCCAGUUCCUGGGAACCCUGCUGCGUGGACUGGACCUGGAUUUGCCAGGGUUCUCCCUGGGACUGGCUUGAGAUUUGCUGUCGACAACAUUCCCUUCCCCAUGAACUUCACCGUGGCCAUCCGCUAUGAAGCCCAGUCCUUGGCUGACUGGGCCGUCCAGCUCGUGGUUAACCCCCCUGGAGGGAGUGAAUCCUGUGCCCCAAAGACUGCACAGCUGAAGCCUGAGUCUUCUGCCUUGCCAGCAGCUGCCAGAGUCAUGCUGCUUCCCACACCCAUCUGUUUAGAACCAGAUGUACAAUAUUCCAUAGAUGUCUAUUUUUCUCAGCCUUCGGAAGGAGAAUCCCACACUCAUUCACACAUCCUGGUUGAUUCUCUUGGCCUUAUUCCCCAAGUCAAUUCAUUGGAGAAUUUCUACAGCAAACAGGACUUAGAUGAGUAUCAGCUGCACAACUGUGUGAAAAUUGCCUUGGAAAUAGGACCUCAAGCACUCCCUGGUGUAUGUGAACGGCUUAUGGUCAGCAUGUCGGCCAAGCUACACAAUGGGGCAGUGGCCUGCAAGUGUCACCCCCAGGGCUCCAUUGGGUCCAGCUGCAGCCGACUUGGAGGCCAGUGCCAGUGUAAACAUGGUGUGACUGGGCGGUGCUGUGACAGGUGCUCAACUGGAAACUACAGUUUGGGGCAUCAUGGCUGUCAUUGAUGUCACUGCCAUCCUCAAGGAUCAAAGAACACAGUAUGUGACCAGAUCACAGGACAGUGCCCCUGCUACGGAGGGGUGGCAGGCCGCUGCUGUGAUCGUUGCUUGGCAGGCUACUUUGGAUUUCCCAACUGCCGCCCUUGCCCUUGUAAUGGGUUUGCUGAACUUUGUGAUCCAGAGACAGGAUCAUGCUUCAACUGUGGAGGUUUUACAACAGGAAGAAACUGUGAAAGGUGCAUCGAUGGUUACUAUGGAAAUCCUUCUUCAGGACAGCCCUGUCGUCCUUGCUUGUGUCCAGAUGUCCCCUCAAGCAAUCAGUAUUUUGCCCAUUCCUGUUAUCAGAAUCCUUGGAGCUCAGAUGUAAUCUGCAAUUGUCUUCAAGGUUAUGUAGGUAUUCAGUGUAAAGAAUGCUCUGCUGGUUUCUAUAGAAAUCCAGAACUUUCAGGAGCGCCUUGCCAGCCAUGUGCCUGCAACAACAACAUUGAUGUGACUGAUCCAGAGUCCUGCAGCCCGGAAACUGGGGAGUGCCUUCGAUGUCUGCAUAACACUCAGGGCCCAAACUGCCAGCUCUGCAAACCAGGUUACUUUGGAUCAGCCCUCAAUCAGACCUGCAGAAGGUGCUCCUGCCAUCCUUCUGGUGUGAAUCCUGCUGUGUGUCCCCCUGGUGGCGGACCUUGCCCCUGUGACCCUGUCACUGGUGAAUGCCCUUGUCUGCCACAUGUUACAGGCCUGGGCUGUGACCAUUGUGCUGACGGAUACUGGAAUCUGGUCCCUGGGACAGGAUGUCAGCCAUGCAACUGUGACCCUCGGAACUCCCAAAGUAGCCACUGUGACCAGCUUACAGGCCAGUGUCCGUGUAAAGUAGGCUAUGGCGGGAGACAGUGCAGUGAGUGCAUGGAAAAUUAUUAUGGUGAUCCCCAAAAGCAAUGCAAUCCAUGUGAUUGCAAUAGGGAAGGUGCCAAGAAGCCUGUGUGUGACCCAGACACAGGCAUGUGUCACUGCCGGGAGGGAGUCAGCGGCCAGCAAUGUGAUCGUUGUGCCCAGGGUCACAGCCAGGAAUUCCCUACUUGUCUUCGAUGUCACUUGUGCUUUGAUCAGUGGAACCACAACAUUUCUUCCCUCUCCGAAGCUGUGCAAGGGUUAAUUAGGCUGGCUGGUAACAUGGAAGAUAAAAGAGAGACCCCGGCUGUCUGUAAGGCUGACUUCAAAGGCCUCAGAGAGAACAUGUCUGAAAUAGAAAGGAUUUUGAAACAUCCUGUUUUCUUAUCUGGGAAAUUCUUAAAAGUCAAGGAUUAUCAUGACUCUGUUAGAAAACAAAUGUUGCGGCUAAAUGAACAAUUCAAAGCAGUGUAUGAAUUUCAAGAUCUGAAAGAAACAAUAGUAAGAAUAAAGAAUGAGGCAGACCUCUUACUUGAAGACCUCCAGGAAGAAAUUAAUUUACAAUCCUGUGUCCUUAAUGCAAGCAUCAUGGACGCCUCAGAAAACAUCAAGAAGUAUUAUCGCAUAUCAUCAUCUGCUGAAAAGAAAACCAGUGAGACUAGUUUCAUCCUAAAUAACUCUGAAAAUACCAGGAAUGACUCACUUACUAUCUUAGAUACACUGACCUUAAAAGGAAACUGGUCACUGGAAAAAUUAAAGCAAAUUAAGAUACCAGAUAUCCAAAUAUUAAAAGAAAAGGUAUGCGGAGAUCCAGGGAACUUGCUGUGCGCUGUCUCACCCUGUGGUGGCGCCCUCUGCACAACCCCCGAGGGGCACAGGCCCUGUGAUGGUCCCAGCUGCCAGGGCUCCCUGGCCCUCUCAAGGAAUGCUCUCCAAAAGGCCCAGGAAGCAGAAAAUGUGACUCAUAAUUUGAACAGCCAGGUUCAUGGGUUGAAGAAUCAGAUCAAAAAUAUAACUAAACUGGCAGAAAUCUCCAAACACUAUGCCUUACAGCUAAAUGAGAAGGUGGGAAAUAUAAAAAACCAAAGUGAACCUGAAGGAGAAAAUAUGACUCUUUUAAUCAAAAAAGGGAAAAACUUUUUGUUAGAGGAAAGUGUGCCUCCAGAAGACAUAGAGAAGGUUGCAAAAGAUGUAUUUGACAUUCACCUACUGGAAACAUGGCAAAAUCUAACCCAUGAAUUUGACAAAAUAAGGAAACUUACGCACCUCUGUGAGGACCACAGGACAGAUGAGAACAGACGAAAUGCAGCAGCAGAUGGAGCCCAAAAGCUUUUGGUAAAGGGCAAAGUAGCUGAGAAGUCAGCAAGUGUUCUAUUAAAUCUUGACAAAGUGUUGAACAAAUUGCAACAAGCUCGCAUCACUCAAGGACAAGCAAACUCUACCAUCACACAGCUGACGGCUGAGAUGACAGAAAUCAGAAAGAACAUGCUGCAGGCUGAAAAUCAAGCCAAGGGAAUGAAGCAUAAGCUGAACUUAGUAAAGCAGCAGUCACGGCUGGAGGAUGGACUUGCCCUGCUGUGGACCAAGUUGCAAGGGAAUCGAGAGCAGGCUGGCAGUGUGAAAGCUCAGGCUGAAUCCGCCCGACGGCAGGCUGGGAGCACUGAGCAGGAGUUUGUUGAGCUGAAAAAACAAUAUGCUAUUCUUCAGCAUAAAGCAAGUACGAUAGGACUGACAAAGGAAACAUUAGGGAAAGUUAAACAGCUGAAAGAUGCUGCGGAAAAAUUGGCUGAAGUUACAGAGGACAAAAUAAGGAGAAUAACAGAUUUAGAAAAGAAGAUCCAAGAUUUGAAUCUAAGUAGACAAGAGAAAGCGGAUCAACUGAAACAAUUAGAAGAUCAAGUUGUGGCCCUUAAGGAUGAAAUUGUUGAACAAGAAAAGAAAUAUGCUGCCUGCUAUACUUAGGCAAAGUUAAAUGACAAAAGAUGGUGCUUUUGUUUCUGGGUUCUGACGUGCAGACCCAGGAGCUGUGCUGACGUGGUGAAGUCCUAAUUGUCGGUCUCUUCCACCCUCCCUUGCUCACACCUCUGCUCACCACACAGCUGCUCAGCUGGAUGGGGACCCUGGGCCAGCAAAUGCCACUUUAUAAUAGAGAAGGGGAAAGAAAGGGAUUGCCUGGAGGGUCAGAAAUCUUUCCUCUUGCCUUCCUUUCUCUUUCAUCACUUAAAAAGAAUUAGUUAUAUGUGAAAAGUAAAAAUUUAAGUAAGUACUGUAUUUACUAAUAAUCAUUUCAGUCAAGUGAACCUACACAACAAAUAUCUCUAACUCUAGGAUGGAAUAUGGAAUACAUAUGGAUGGCUUGGACUGGAUUGUCCUAUAUUUUAUAUUUAUCUGGAUUUGAUUUUAUUUUUAAGACUAUUAUUCUCUUUGGGAUCAAAUGCAUACGAUUAAAAAUGGAACUUGCUUUCACACCUGUUUUCCUAUAUGCUCAUUCUCUCAACUAGAGGAUUCUGUUUUCUUCAAAUGGCAUUAAAACAGUAUUCACAUUCAUUAUGUAAGUGGGAGAUGGGAAGCGAAGGGAAGAGAAGGGAAGGAAUUCACAGAGAUAAAACGAAAGGGAAGGGAAGGGAUUCAAAGAGAUAAAUAUUGAACUACUUUUCAUAAUUUGCAGGCAUUUUUGUUAUAAAAUCUGCUACUUAUUUUUUUAAAACUAGCAAUCUUGUUCUUAUUGUUUCACAUAAAAGAUCAGAUUGUUUCAUUUCAGAAUGAGUCUAUGAUUUUUACAUCAGCUAUUUUUGCAUGUAUGAUUUAGGAUGGAGCACUUCGCUGAAAUUGUCCUUCAGAGGGAUUAUUGUGAGGGAGUUAAGUUUAUGAAUAAGAAAUAAUAUGCAUCGACAUUGAUGUA